AUGACUAAUUUGAAAGUAUUUUAGCUUAUUGCAUAUCAGAACUCUAUAAUUGUAUUACAAUAUACCUAUCAUUAGAUUAAAUCAGAUUUGCCAUAUUUAAACACUUAGUUAAUUUUUCACAGAACUUCUUCAAUUAUAGAAGAAUGUCCUAAAUAUUAAGAGAAUGAAGGCAAAAUUAAAGGAGAUAGAAGAUGUUCCUACAUUUUAGGAAUCUUCAAGACUUUUAAUAAAUCAUUUAUAGUGCUUGUAGAAGAAUGCACAAAAGUUGCAACAAUACAAAAUCAAAUCAUAUAUCAUAUUGAUAAGAUAUCAUACAUAGCCGUUUAAGUAAAAUGCAUUUUUAAUUAGAGGAUAAUAAUGCUAAUAACAAUAAAGAUAUCUUGGAAAGUUUAAGUAAUCAAAAAAAACUAUUGUAAUCAGGAUUCUAUUUUUCUCUCAAUGGUGAUAUAACUCUUGCAAGACAUUUUUAAAAAUAUGAAAAUAGUUUUGUUUGGAAUAAUAAACUUCUUGGUCCUUUGAGAGAAAAUAAGAUUUCUUCUAAUUGGCAAUUACCUAUGAUUUAAGGGUAUGUAGAAUAAAUAGAUUCUUACAUUGAUAAGUAACUUAUAAGUGUAGUCUUGAUUUCCAGAAGAAGUCGAUUUAUGGGAGGAACACGUUAUUAUUCAAGAGGAGUGAAUGAUGAUGGUCAUGUAGCUAAUUUUGUAGAAACAGAAUAAAUAAUUAUUUCAAGUUAAAUAUUAAUUAGUUUUGUUGUUAUAAGAGGAUCAGUACCACUAUUUUGGAAUUAAGAUGGUGUUUCUAGUAUUAAAUUGACUAGGUCAAAAGAAUUAACUUAAGCAGCAUUUAUCAAACAUUUUAAUCUCCUAAGACGAUAUGGAAAGAUAUUUUGCAUUAAUUUAAUGUAAAAUGGUAGAUAAAUUGAACAAACAUUAACUGAUAAUUUCUAUUAUCAAUUCUAAUAGGCUUAACUAGAUCAUGUUAAUUAUUAAUAUCUUGAUUUUCAUUCAUUAGUCAAAAAUGGUAAGUCUGCUGGAAUCAAUUCUUAUAUUUACUCUCAUGAAUAGACUUUAGAUUAAUUUGAAUGCUAUAUAGAAAAAGAUAAACAAAUAAUAACUAAAUAAAAUGGAGUUUUUAGAAUUAAUUGUUUAGAUUGUUUAGAUAGAACUAAUUUAUUUAUGAGUAAACUAUGUCUUUAUAGUUUGGAUAGAUCACUAAAAAUUAUGAAUCUAUAAUUAUCAAGUAAUUCUGAUAUUCUCACUUAUUUUGAUGAAAAUAAUAAGAAAUUAUUACAUGAUUUGAUUAUUAAAUAUAAGAAUAUGUGGGCUAAUAAUGGAGAUAUGUUGAGUUUUAUCUAUUCAGGAUCAGGAAGUACAAUAUCUGAAAUGGCUAGAGAAGGUAAAAGAGGUUUUAUGGGAAUGCUUAAAGAUGGAUAUAAUAAUAUUGAAAGAUUUUAUAGUCGAUAAUUUGAAGAUGAUACCAAAUAAAAUACAAUUAAUUAGUUGUUAUUUGGCUCAACAUCUUAAACUCAUUUUGAUUUAUGGAUUACAUAAUAAGAAAAGUACUUUUGUACUAUUAAUGAAAUUUCAAUAUUAUUAACAACAUGGAAUGUUGGUGGUAAUAAUCCAAUCACUACUGAUUUUUCAUCUAAUAUAUUAGAUUUUUAAGAUCAAUCUAAUCCAGAUAUUAUAGUAUUUGGAUUAUAAGAAAUUGUAAAUUUGAAUCCAUAAAAUAUUGUCAUUAUGAGCAAUGAAAAAACACUAUAAUUAUGGGAUUAAUUAUUUUAAGCUAACUUAUCAAAAAUUGAACCCUAUAUAAAAAUUGGAGAAGCUGAUUUGGUUGGUUUAUAUUUAGCUAUUUUUGUUAAGAAAUCUUAAAUUUCUAGAAUAACCUAAAUUGAUACAGAUGUAGUCAAAACAGGUUUAGGUGGAACUUUAGGAAAUAAAGGAGGAGUUUGUGUUAAAUUUAAUUUCGAUAAUUCUAAUGUAAAUAUUCUAUUUAUUAUUAAUUUAGUUGGGGUUUACUUGUUGCCAUCUAACAUCUGGUAAUAAAUAAUGUCAAUAAAGAUUAUCAGACAUUGAUGAUAUUCAUUAAAGAGCAUUUUAAAAUUCUAAAUCAAAAAUUAAUUUAAGCAACCUUGAUUAUUCAUUUUUUUUUGGUGAUAUGAAUUUUAGAAUCGAUUUAUCAUACUAAGAAGUUAUUGAAUAAAUUAAGCAUUAUUAAUAAAUGAUUUCUUCAGAUCCAAAUAGUCCUAAUGCGAAAUCUAAGCUAGCAUAUUUACUUAAUUAGGAUUAAUUAGGAAAAAGUAGACAUAAAAAUUAAUACCUUCAAAAUUAUUAAGAAGGUAGUAUUACUUUUUUACCAACUUAUAAAUAUGAUAAAAAUUGUCAAAUUUACGAUACUUCUAAAAAAUUAAGAACUCCUUCAUGGUGUGAUAGAAUUUUAGUUAGUUGUAAGGAAGAAUUGAUUUGUUAAUAGCGUUUUUAUAAAAGAAAUGAAUGUUUAGAUAGUGAUCAUAGACCUGUGUCUAGUUAUUAUGUAAUUGAAAUCAAAAAAAUUGAUAAAGAUAAACUUGAUUCUGUUAAAGCAGAAUAUUGUUUGUCAAAAAUGUAGAAUUUAAAAUAUAAUUAACCACAUUUGGAUGUUCCAAAAAAACAUACUCCAAAUAUAAAAUUUUAACAAUAAUAAUAACCUUAAUAGACUGAUGAUCAUUAGGAUUUCUUUUUAUAAUAAUAAGAAAAUUAAAUUUAAAAACCAGAAUUUCCUGUUAGUUCCUAUAAUUAAUAUUUAUAAUAAUAAUAAUAAUAAUAAUAAUAAUAAUAAUAAUAAUAAUAAUAAUAAUAAUAAUAAUAAUAAUAAUAAUAAUAAUAAUAAUAAUAACCUAUUACUUAGAUAUAAUAAUAGUAAAUAUAAUAAAUUUAAUAACCAUUAAUUUCAACUUUAGAUUUAAUAAAUAUGGAUGAUGAAUAAUAAUAAUAAUAUUAUUAAUAACCUUAAGUUUUAGAAUAGUAUGCUGCUUAAUAAAUGUAAUUAUAAUAACGAGAUUAAAAUUCUCUUGUAUAAGAAUAAAAAACAAAUCAAUAAGAAUAACAAUCUGAUUUAUUAUGA